GUGCGCCGUUAAUCUUAGCGGACAGGUGACAUCUGCAGACGGAAAUGGUCGACAGAGCCGCUUCUAUUGGCCAACUUCUGCUUCAACAAAUCGAUUUGAUUGGACGCUGGAAAAAGCUGUUACUGUGUUCAGCCAUGUCGGACGCUGAAGAGGAAUACGAGUAUCAGGCGGUGGAAGUUGAGGAGGAGCAGGAGGCGGAGCCUGAGGAAGAGGAGGAGGAAGCUGAACAGGCUGAAGAAUAUGGAGGAGAACAGCAGGAGUACCAAGACCAAGAUGCCCAGGAGGAAGAAGAAGAGCGCCCCAGGCCAAAGCCUCUUGUGCCCCAACUUGCUCCCCCAAAGAUUCCUGAGGGAGAACGAGUGGAUUUUGACGACAUCCACAGGAAGCGAAUGGAGAAGGACUUACUGGAGCUGCACACCCUGAUCGAUGCUCACUUUGAGCAGAGGAAGAAGGACGAGGAGGAACUCAUUGGGCUCAAGGAGCGGAUUGAGCACCGCCGAGCCGAGAGGGCCGAGAUCCAGAGGGUCAGAACCGAGAAGGAGAAGGACCGACAGAACAGGAUUGCGGAGGAACGUCACAGAAAAGAGGAAGAGGAGGCCAAAAAGAAGGCAGACGAUGACCUGAAGAAGAAGAAAGUGCUGUCUGGCAUGGGGGCCAACUUCGGAGGUUUCCUGACCAAAGCCGAGUCGAGGAAGAGCAAGCGCCUGACGGGCAGGGAGAUCAAGAGGAAGACGCUGGCCGACAGACGGCAGCCUCUAGGCAUCGACAACAUGAGGGAGGACGGCUUGAGGAACCGGGCCCAGGAGAUGUGGAACUGGAUCCAUCAGCUGGAAUCCGAGAAGUUCGACUUUAUGGAGCAAAUGAAGCACCAGAGAUAUGAGAUUACUGUGUUACUGAACAGAAUCCAACAUGCUCAGAAAUUCAAAAAAGUCCACGGCAAAGGGAAGGUGGGCGGCCGCUGGAAGUGAAACGGCAAACACAAAAACAAAGAUGGGAGCAACGGGAUUUAAAGACAAAUAGGGAAAAAAAAAAACACUUUUUUCUUCUUUUUAAAUUGGAUUCUUUCUAGAGCUCCUGGGUUUCUCUGGGUUGUAAACUUGAUGUUAAUGUUACAACCCAGUAGCAUCAAGAAGUGUAGAAAUAAACGUACAUGCGCUACAUUUAAAA